AUGGCUCGCCUAGCCGGAUGUCCCCCAGCUUCGGAGCUUUUUGAUUCAAAUACCAGCCAGUUUUCUGCAAAGCGCGCUGGACUAAUCAUCGAGGCUGCAUAUGUUGGGGACCAGAAGGAAAAUUUGCUACUACGACAUAGUGGGAUGCACAAUGACAAAAAAACUGGACACCAACUGGCCCCCCUCGUCAUUUUUCCUCUCUAUUCUGCGUUGCCGAAGGCACGCCAGCAAACAGUUUUGAGAUUUGAUAACCCUGUAAGUCAAAUUGAAUAUCUUAAUUAA